AUGGGGCAUUGGUUCAAGCAGAGAUGCCUCCUGACGGGGCCGGGCCAGUGGCAUGGCGUGCCGUGGGACCUCAGCGCUAUGCUCAGCCCCGCGCUGGGGAGGGGCCUCCAACAGGCGGCGCCCCAGGGUUGGCCCGAGCACCGUGGGGGGCUCUGCUCUGUCCUCCACGGCCACACCAACCACGCCAACCUGCCCGGACGAGGGUGCCACAGGCACAGCUGGAGCAAGGCCGCCCAGCUGGGGAAAGGGCCUGCGGGGUAUCGAGGUGAGGCGGCCGCCCGGCUGCGUCACGCGGAGUCACUGGAAGCGGGGAGCGAGCCGAUCGGGGGACGGGGCUUCAGCGCCGGCCACCGCCUGUCACCGGCCACGCCGCUGGCGGGUGGCUCUGCACAGAGCCCGUGUUCCCAGGAGGGGGGCGAGGUCCCCCGUGGCAGGGCUGCUGGGGGCCUCCGACCCCACCCUCCCCCACCCCACCGGCUGGGGACCCCCGACCCCGCCGUCCCCCAUCCCAGCAGCCCACUGCCCCCAUCCACACGCCGCCACCCCUGA